ACAUAUUCACUUUUCUCUGUUUAUUUUCUGAUUGCAGCUCCCUGUGUCCCACGAGGAGGAUUGUUUGGGGUGUAACUGGGGUCCCAUCUAGACUCCCCAACAGAUCACCAAUUGUAGCUACACUGAGAGACUCCUGGACUGGACAUCAACUGGACUCAACACAAUCCUUUCUGUGUGACCCAAUCAUCAUCAUCACCUCUGUACUUCACACUCACCCUUACAGGGGGCAGAAUACUAACCCGGUGUUAAAGCCCCAGGUUCCCUGUUGAGAUUUGUGCAGCACAGGGGGACAUGGUGCAUUGUGUGAGCUGAACUGUACCCCUACUACUUACUAUUACCCCACUCCCCCCCCCCCCCCAAUUUACAGUUGCCUCUGUCCCCGGGCACCAAGGCUUUUACAGCAGCACCACUUUCCCUUUGUUCUCCUGUUUUUCUCUCUCUCACCCCCAGCUCCUCUAAACUACAAAGUCCCUCACACAACUUUCCUGAACUUUCCUUGUUCCACCUCUCAGAGGUACCCCCCCCCAGCCUGACUGCUCCCCACAAACAAUGGCCGUCUCCAGUGUUAAACGUCUCGCUGUCACCCUUAUGGACGCCUCUACUGACAAGGACCCCGAGGUACAGGAACAGAUCUACAGCUCCCUGUGCUUCAUGGGGGAGGCGGCACCCUCCGAGGUCCUCGAGUCAUGUGACUCCUAUCUGAGGCAGCAUGAUAAGCUUUCCUAUGCACAUCGCACCAUUAUCCUAAGGGCCAUGGAGACCAUAGCGAAGAACAGUCUCAGAGACCUCACAAAAGAGACAGCUAAGAUGGUCAUAUUGCUGGCCUCCAAUGAGAUGACCAAGUCUAAGGAUGUCAUAUUUGAGUGGCAGCAGGCGGCCAGUAAUGUUCUUGUUGCCAUUGGGAGAAACUUUAUUAACAAUGUUAUGGAGGAGAUCUUGUUGAAGUUCCAGCCGGGGAUUCUCCCUCACUUCUUUAUCAUGCAGACGCUGGCCAACCUCUCUGUGGCCAAUGUGUUUGGGAUGGUUCCGUUCCUGAACUCCGUCCUGGGCACCAUGUUACCUAUGCUGGGGAUGGCCAAGCAGGACCCCAUGAAAGCGGUCUUCUGUGUGGCGCUGCAGCAUUUCAGCGAGAGUAUCCAGGAAUAUUUGGCCAACCUAGACAAGGCCCCAGACCCCACCGUGCGCAAGGACACCUUCUCCAAUGAAAUCUUCCAUGCCUACGAUGUUCUUUUUAAUGGCUGGUUGCAGAACCGAGAGUCCAAAGUGCGACUGGCUGUUGUGGAAGCUCUGGGCCCAAUGAGCCAUUUGCUCCCAAAUGAGAAGUUAGAGGAGCAGCUUCCCCGCCUUAUUCCUGGUAUCUUGUCCCUCUACAAGAAGAAUGUGGAGGCUCUCUUUGUGACCAAGAGCCUGUGCCAGAUACUGGAGAGCGCAGUUUCCAAUGAAAGCCGUACGCUAGAGGGUCUCGUGGAUUCUAUCCUGGGGGUUUUACACUCACAGAUCUGUUUGUCCCUGGACUCAUCUAACCAGAUGCUGGUGAGGAAUCAGAACGAGGUACUUCGCUGUUUCACAGUUCUAGUCUCCAAGUUUCCAGAUCACUUACUCGUCUUCCUGUUGCCUAAACUUGAGGCCAAUAACCCCAAGGUUCGUGUUGGGACACUCAUCAUCAUGAAACAAGUCAUCAACUCUGCACCCACAAGCAUGGAAGUGAAGAAGCCCCUGAUUCUGGCGGCUGUGAGGCCACCUCUGCAGGACUCCAGUAACAGGGUGAGGCGGGCAAUGGUGCAAGUGAUCAGUGCUAUGGCUCACCAUGGAUACCUAGAGCAGCCAGGGGGGGAGCUGUUGCUGGAAUAUCUCAUCAGACUGUGCUGCGUUACACUCAGCCCCUCGUCUCGCCAGCAGAACUCAGAAACAGAAGAGGUGACGGAGGAGAAUGUGCGUCGGAUCAGCAUCAGCACCUUGUACCUAAUCAGCACCACCGUGGAUCGGAUGAAUAAUAUCUUGUGGCCGUACCUGUUAGAGUUCAUCGUCCCUGUUCAGUUCUCCAACGCUCUGACACCCAUCUGCAAGAGUUUGAUACAACUUGGCCAAAAGAGACAGUCAGAAAGUCUGGAGACCUUCCUCAUCAAUUACAAUGUGCACAUAAACCUGCCGUCCCCUCAUGCCUUGGUGGCUCGGCUCUUGGUGGUCGCUGCGGCCUUGGAGACUGGGGAUGGGCGGAGCUCUGCUGCACUCCGCCUUCUCAAUGUGAUGCAGAUUAAUAUCCACCCAACAGUGGGCCGGUGCUGGGACCAGGAGAUUCCUUUACUGCUGCGCUGCUUGGAAGAGCCCGGGGCCGAAUCUUUCAUCCAGCAGAACGACUGGGAAGAUAAGAUGCUCAAGUUCCUGGGGGCCACCCUGCAGGCCGUGGCUGACGACAAGUGGAUCUCCCAACUGAGCAAAGAGAUGCACCAACAGCUGCUCAACUACAAUUCCUUCCCCCUGGAAAAGAACUUCCUGUACAAAUGUAUUGGGACCACACUGGCGGCCUGUGAGAACCGUGAGCUGGUGAAGAAACAACUGCAGGACUUACUGACCACGGCCCGGUACCAGGAGGAGUCUGAGCGAGAGGGUUUGGCCAUGGCAUUUGGCAUUUGCUCCAGGCGGCACUUGGAUGACUCGCUGGACAAACUGAGCGAAUUCCUCAAGUCUGACAUCAUGAAGAAGAACAUGGGAAUAUUCAAUCUGUUCAAGGACCGUGCUGAUGGGGAUCUGGAGAAGAUUAAGAGCUCACUCAUACUGUGUUACGGUUACAUUAGCGUUUAUGCUCCUAUUGAACUGGUUCUUCCUCGGAUUGAGUCUGACAUCCUGCGCAACGUCUUCCUCUACUUCCACACCAAGGUUCUGGGGAUAAAGGUAGAGCCCAAGGACCUGACCCUCAAGCUCUGCCUCAUUAGAACCAUCUCCAUGAUUGGCCUGUCCAUCAGUAACAGCACCCAGGCCGGCUUCUUCCACUUCUCCCGCAAAGCUGAGCUCUUGUCUCAACUGAUGGAAUUUAUAAAGUCGGAGCCGCCAGACAGUCUGAAAUCCGCUGUGCGCCAACGCACUCUGGUCGCCUGCACUUACCUGGUUAAAUUGGAGCCUCCACUGAGUGAUGCCAACAAAUCAGAAUUGCUCACAACCUGCCUCUCCAGCAUCUUCACCCUCCCACCAGUGGGCCCCGGGGCCCCAGGAGAGUUUCACAUACAGACCCUGUACGCGGAAACACUGGAGGCACUGAAGGACUUACUCCGGAGCCUGUUGCUCUGGAACCUGACGCCACACGGACUGCAGGAGAUGUUUCAGGUCCUGGGGCCCUGGAUCAAAUCAAGUAAAGAACAUGAGAGGGAUCGGGCCAUGGAAGUGAGCGCCGCCCUGCUGGAGUGCUACCUACACAAGCUCAAUGUUAAUGCCAUGGUGCCAUUUUACAACCUGGGGCUUCUGAUUGGGAAGAUCUCUCCUCGCUGCUCAGACUCUGUGGCCUCCGUCCGCCAGCACACGGUGGACUGUAUCUACUACCUGCUCUACAUCCAGCUGAGAUAUGAAGGAUUUGCCCCAGAUCACAAAGAUGAGUUGGUGGAGAAGCUUCAGAGCUUCAAGCAGGGCCUCCAGAAACCAGACCCGAGCGUCUUGUACCACACGUGCUUCAACGUGGCGAUGAUAAUUGGGAAGCGCCUCCCCCCAGAGCAACUCACCAGCCUCCUCUUCAUCACUUUUGAAGGAUUGUCUGAUCCUGAUAUUAACUGCUCCCGAGCUGCCACCGUCAUGGUGAACUCGCUGCUGAAAGAUCGGGGAUCUAUUCUACUCGCCAAGGUGCCUGACAUCAUCACUCGGGUUCAGGAGCAGCUGCAGGAGACGCAGGAGGCUCACGUGAAGAAAGCCGUGGUCCAGACUAUUUAUAUUUUGGCCACACAACAUCUGGAGGCCGUGGUCUGUAGCCUCUUGUCCUGCCCCCUCCCAUAUGACAGUGAGACGUGUUUGCUAUGGGGGGCGCUAUCCUCAGACCCCCCACUAACCUCCCAGGUGUUGGAUCUGCUUAUGGGGAAAAUGAGUGUCGAUGUCCCCUACAAGGAGAACAAAACCUCUCUGCUGAGCUCUGUGUCCGGACGAGUUGCCACCCUCCUGCCCCUCGCUGCCUCCUGUGCUGUAUGUGAGAUCCUCUCUGCGCCAGAGUCCACCCCCGCGGUGCACGAACUUUACCCCCAGCUCUUUGUCACCCUUCUUCUCCGCAUCAGCCUAAUGAUUGGGGUGCAACUGCCAAAGAAUCUGGGACCUUCCAAGGAUCGGAGAAGCUCCAGCACCCCCCCAUCCAGAGACCUGGACCCCUGCAGUUGUGCGGUGGAGGCGAUGAAGUUCCUGCUGACUCGGGGGGGCAGUGAGGAGGUGACGUGCAGUUUGGAAGCAGAAGGCGGUUGGGAGAACAUGAAGAAAGAAGAGACUCAUCAUUUGGGGGUGUCUUCUCUGAGCAGCAUUAUGGUACAAUACGCCGGCCCCAAGCUCCCUGUUAUACUCAAAGGUCUACAGCCGGCGCUGAGCAGUUUGUAUGAUCGACAGCGAAUCACAGCCACAGCCUUCCUGGCUCAGCUCCUGCAGAGCAGUCACCUGGGAAACCUCCUUGUCAUUGAGCCUCUAAUGGACAACAUGACGGCUCGGCUGAAGGACACGAGUGUGACUGUGAGAAUGUUGGCCGUACGGGGACUGGGCAAUAUGGCGUCUGGAGCUCCUGAUAAGGUCCGUAAGCACGGCUCCCAGCUUCUCACCUCUAUGAUCAACGCCAUGGAUGAUAGAGAAGAUCCGGAGCACAUUGUCACCCAAGAGGCCAUGUCCAGCCUGUGCCUCCUGCUGCCAUUUGUACAGGAGAAGGACAUCCGCUCUCUGCUUAUUCACACGGCUAUUCGGAUCCGCCCCUUCUUUGACCAUGAGAGGACGGAGCUGCGCAAAUCUUCCAUUUCUCUUUUCGGGAAUCUCAUCAAGUUCUGCUGUGGGAAUGGGGAGGAGGCGUUUUAUGAGCAAAUGAUAAACGGCCUUGUGACCCUCCUGCUGCACCUGCAGGACCCCCGCCCCGAGGUGGUAAAGGCGUGUAAGUUUGCGCUGCAGAUUUGCGCCCCCAAUAUGAACAACCAGAGCCUGUCGGACAUGUUCCUGAGUCACCUGCACCUGGAGCGGGGGCUGCACUAUGGGGAGUUCAUGAAUAACGUCUGCAAACACCUGGUACAAGGGAACCCGGAGCUGCUCCCCCGCCUCAUUCAGACCAACAUAACUUAUUUCAAGAGCAUCUGGCCCGAUAUCCGUGCAGCAGCCCCCCUCUUUAUAGGGUUUCUGGUGCUGCACAUGCAGGAGGAUCAGACCAAACAAGUCGAUCUGGAACAUUUAGUUUCCUCGCUGAUUGUUCUGCUGAAGGACCCGCACCCCUCAGUCCGAGUUAAAGCCUCUGAGACUAUUGGGCGACUGGUCAGGUUCGUGUAGUGGCAACAGAUCUGAGUGGCCCCCGGGGGCAUUACACACACUCAGCCCACACUCACACUCAGCUGAGCGCUCACUAAGGAAAAUGGUAGUGGGGCAGCCAUCUUGGCACCACCUGCCCUGCCAACUGUGCGUUUAGUCUCUUGUGUGAGAACAUUCCAGAAACUGUACGGCCACUCCCAAACUGUGGCAUUCUGGGACUUCACUGACGCUCCUAUUGGUCCCUGGGAAUGACAGACAGGUCCCAUGUUGCCCCUCACAGGCUGGGCCCUUCACUACAUUCAUAGGUGCAUGGGGCCCCUUUAGUACACGGCCCUUUGGCUCCCAGAGGGCCCCUCAUUUGCUGCUUUUAAUCUCACCGUUGCACCACAGACCCCCCCCCCAGUUUCCACUGUUGCCCCCGUCCAGGUACCGAGAUUUUGAUUGGCGGGUGCAGACUCAAGCUCUGAUUGGUGGGUGGGCACAUUAACCUGUAAGUGGCGGGUCAGCCCAAUGUACAGGGAGGUGGGUGGCAGGCGUUUUAUAGUUGGUGCUGCUUGGGUCUUCCAGGUGUGCAGGGAGUUGCAGGGGGUUCAGGUUUUGCCCAAUCAAUGGGUUUUGAGAAUAAAGAGACGUGAGAGAUUUUGGAACACAAA